GUACUGCGGUGAUAACACAGGACAAGGCUGCUCUCUGGACCGAUGGCAGGUAUUUCGUGGAGGCUGAAGACACUCUCGAUUGUAACUGGAUUCUAAUGAAGACAGGCUUGGCCAAUGUUCCAAGCUAUGCAGAAUGGCUAAAUAUUGAAAUUGGUGAGAGUGGAGCCUAUGUCGGCGUAGACAGAACCUUAUACACACACACAUCUUUCAACUCACUUAGUAAUGAGCUUCUAAGGCAGUCGAAGGGACUCAUUCUGCAAGCUGUUGGAACCAACCCUGUGGAUCAAGCAUGGGUAUCUGGGCGCCCAGAACAAGCCAAGACUAACAUCAAUGCUCUCAACAUAACAUUUGCAGGCGUUCGCUGGCAGGAAAAAGUUGCGAAUGUUCAGGAAAGACUGACAAGAAGGAACAUAGCUGCUUUUGUUGUCACUGCUCUGGAUGAGACUGCCUGGCUUUUCAACUUAAGGGGUUCUGACAUCGAUUACAAUCCAUUUUUCUUGUCGUAUGCUAUUGUGGAGCAACAGAAAGUCAGACUAUACAUCAUUGACAAAGAUAAAAGACUCACAGCUGAGCCCAGUGAUCCUGAAACCAACAUAACUGUAGCGCAGCAUUUGGAAACAUCCCUGACAGGGUCAUGUGCAGGCCAAGGCUCUUCAUGUGUAGAGGUGCUGGAGUAUGACCAGGCUGCUGUAGAGGCAGCCCUGACUACCAUUUCAAACACAAGCUCAGUGUGGAUUACAUACGAAGCCAAUUUGGCAAUCUACCUGGCAACUGCAAGAAACUGCAUCAUUGAUAAGUCGCCCAUAGCUCUGGUGAAGUCUCAGAAAAAUGAAGUGGAACGAAAUGGCAUGCAGAGAUCUCAUAAUAGAGAUUCUGCUGCUCUCAUAAAGUUCCUCGCCUUUAUGGAAAAUGAGAUCACAUCAGGAAAGGACUGGACAGAGGUCACGGCAGCAGCCGAACUGGAUGGCAGGAGGAAAAAGUUACAGUAUAACAGAGGGCUGAGUUUCACCACAAUAUCUGGAUAUGGAAGCGAUGGGGCAAUCAUCCACUACAGCCCUAGCAACACUACAGACAAGAAGAUCUCCACAGAUAGUUUCUACCUUCUUGAUUCUGGUGGACAAUAUCUGGAUGGAACCACAGAUGUAACCCGAACACUACAUUAUGGCAACCCGACAAGUUAUGAGAAGGAAUGCUACACUCGUGUUUUGAUGGCCGCUAUUAGUCUAGCAAUGUUGAAGUGGCCCCAAGGACUGUAUGGGCGUCAGAUUGAUGCUAUUGCACGAUCUCCUUUGUGGGAAGUAGGUUUUGUCUAUAGACAUGGCACAGGGCACGGGAUUGGUUCUUAUCUGAGUGUGCAUGAAGGCCCAGGUCGGAUCAAACUGGUUACAGAAAUAAACCCCAGUGAUGAACCUUUGACCUCAUAUCAAUAUUUCUCAGAUGAACCAGGUUAUUAUGAAGAUGGGAAAUUCGGUAUACGAUUGGAAACCAUUGUUAUGGUAAAGACAGCUACUCCAAAGUAUACAACUGCAAAUGAAACAUUUUAUGAGUUUCAACACAUCACAUUGGUGCCUUUUGAGAGAAAGCUCAUUGAUUAUUCACUACUCACUUUGAAACAGGUGGAGUGGCUCAACUCCUACAAUGACAGAGCAAGAUCAGAAAUUCUGCCUUUGCUGGAAGGGGAUCAGGCAGCCAUCAACUGGUUUCAUGACAGGACACAAAGAAUUGAUACCAAUCUCUACAAGUACAACAACUCUGCCUCACAAACCUGCAUCACUCCUAUAUUUUAUCUAGCUAUCCUAGGAAUAUUUCUGCAACUGAUGUUCUAA